CCCCCCCCCCCCCCCAAAAACGAUUUUACUCGAAAAUUCUAAAGACGAGGAAAUGCAGAGGGCGAAUGAAUCGGCGUCUGCGGAUAAAUUUGAAGAAGAAGUAGGGAGGGUGAUGGAGCAAGCCAGGGAGUUGCACGAAUCUGGAGCUUCGCUUUUAUGGAAGAUUUCAAACGAGGAGCAGUCUCUUCGCCAAAAAGCCAUUUCUCUUGAAUCCUCUAUUCGCCGUGUUCGUUCUUCGAUCAACUCGCUUGUAUCUAAAAAGCUUUUGGAUCCUAAGUUCGCAAGCAAGCUCGAAGAGGAUUUACAGAGAGCCAGCUCUAUCUUAACAGAUGGAGAAGCCGCUGCUUUUCUUCCUGCCAAAGCUCAGGGAAGGUUUCUGAGGAUGUUUCUGGGACCGAUCAAUGUGCGGGCAUCUCGUAAAGAAGUCCAGUUGAAAGUUAAGGAGGAAUAUAACAGCUAUAGAGAUAGGACUGCCUUUCUGUUUCUUCUUUUCCCGUUAACCUUGCUUAUUUUAAAAUCUUGGAUUUGGGAAGGCUGCUUGCCUGCAUUUCCAGUUCAAUUGUACGAGGCAUGGUUGUUGUUCCUUUACACUGGUUUGGCUAUGCGAGAGAACAUAUUGCGAGCAAAUGGAAGUGACAUCCGUCCAUGGUGGAUAUACCAUCACUAUUGUGCUAUGCUUAUGGCCCUAGUUAGUCUCACUUGGGAGAUCAAAAGACAGCCUAAUUGUGCUCAAAAGCAGAGAGGUGUAGAACUUUUCCUUCAAUGGGCUAUGAUGCAAGGAGUUGCCAUGCUUCUUCAAAAUAGAUAUCAGCGUCAGAGACUUUAUACUCGUAUUGCCCUUGGAAAGGCUAAUAGAAUGGAUGUUGUGUGGGGUGAAACAUCUGGUGUAGAUGGCCAACUGUGGGUUUUAUGUCCAAUACUUUUCGUUAUGCAGGGUUUUGAGGCAUAUGUUGGGCUGCUAUUGCUCAAGACAGCAUUUGUUGGAGUUGUUACUGAAUGGCAGGUAAUUUGUUGUGGGAUACUCUUGGUUUUGAUGGCUGUUGGAAACUUUAUAAACACAAUACAGACACUCAUGACGAAAUCAAGGUUUAAAGCAAAGAUGAAAAGAUCAAAGAGCAAGGCGGAGUUGGAUUAGAAUGUCCUUAAUUGUUAGAUAACAGCUUCACCACCUGCAUUUGUCACAGGCAGCGGAAUUCUAGCCCCGUGAUACAUUGCCCGGGUUUUGCUCCAUGAAGUGCUGUCCGUGUUAAGUUUCACCCAACCACUACUCGGGGCUUGCCAAGAGACCGAGAUAAAGGACUGUAGUGGUCUGCUGCUUAUAGAUGAACUGAGAGGGCAAAAAGAACCCCCACCGGCUCCUGCAGUAGUUUUUACCGUAACAGUGUUCUGUUGGGGGACUUUUCCCCAAAACAAGUGUGAAUUACGUUGCAAUAUUUCCCAAAAGCAUCAUAAACCAAGGGAUUGUGGGACCAAGGCACCGAGUUUUGGAUAUUAGGUUCACAUAAAACAAGCCCUCGCAAAUGGUGUCCAUGGGUCAAUAGUUUCCUAAAAGCCCAUUACCUUUCAUGUGAAGGCCUGCAAAUUCAAGCCCAAAUCUCAAGUGAAAAAACAAAUUAAAAGGUUAAAGUACAUGAGAGGUUCCUGUAUUAUUAGUCUCUGGAUCAAUUUAGUCUUGUAUGAUAUUAAAAAAGAAUCAACUAAGUUCAUCUUAAUUUUUUUAAAUAAUUUCUUUAAA